AUGAUGUCAGUGGCAGCCAAUAGGCGUCGCUUCGCCGCGGUUGCCAAGGCAGGCGGGCGAGGUGGGAAAGGGGCGGAAGGAGGAAGGACGGGAAGCGGCCGCGCAGGUGAGGAGGGGGGGAGGAAGAGGAGAGGGGGCUCCCGCACCCCCGGGGCCCGGCGCCCAGGACUGCCGGAGGGGGCGGGGCCUGGGCGCCAGGGGGCGGGGCUCCUCCCCGUCGCCGCCUCCAUGAGGACUAGCCGCUUGGGUCUGCAAAUGGCUUUGCCCAACUGCAGCCAGGGAUGCGCCGUCGGGGUGUGGGGCAUGAGAGGAGGAGGAGGAGGAAGAAGAACAGCAGUGAUAAUCGUCAUAAUAGCAGGCUAUUGCAUAGGGUUGUGCAAUCGCAGGGGCCGCCAGGGGCCAUCUAGUCCAGCCCCCACUUGGGCACAAAGCAGUCGCAGGGCUGCAGGAUUGCCAGCAGACGGACCUCUGCUGAACAGCCUCCAACAAAGGAGAGGGAGGGAGAGAGAGAGAGCUUGCCAGCUUGUGUGGUUUGGAGGGGUCAGAACUUCAUCAUCAUCAUCUCUGAACUGUCUUCAAGGACAUGAAGAGCCGGUUGUGGUACUCUAUCCGGGGCAUAAUCUAAUAAUAAUAAUAAUAAUAAUAAUGGCACCCAGUCUGACCCACAGGGAUCCCCAACAUGUGGCCAUCCCAACUCUGCUUAAAAACUGCCAGUGAAUUGUAGGAUCCUAGAUUUGGACUGUUAACAGAGAAAUCUGAGGGCUCCCUUGGACAAAAAAAACAAGGGGACCAGCCAGGAAUAGCAGAGCAAAACAGGAGCCAGAAGGCUUGGUCUUUAUUGAAGACUGUCGCGACAGGACUCCCACCUGCCACCAGGUGGAAAAAGAUGGAAGCCCCAAACAAAAGAGCACCCAAACUUUUAUUAGCUGCUAAUCCCCAUGUUACACCCCCCCCCAAACUACAUCACAGUUACACCAUGAAAGGGGAGGUCUGGGGGCAGGAAUCUGAGCAUCCGGGACCCUGCCCCAUGGUUCCCCUUGCCCUCCACCAAACACCCAUCAAGUGAAACAAAAGAGAUAUUUACAUUUCUCUGUUUCCCAGCCAAGUUAAUCGCACCCUUUUGUCUUCAUCUGGGUUUGUUAUUUCUGGAAUGGCCACCUGUCUGGCACUCAGGUAUCAGGAUGCCAGGAAUUGGUAUCACUCAGGCAGAGGGGCUGCUGAGGAGCUGAGCUCACAUGUCUGUAUGAAUUUCUAAAGUUUUCCCAGUGAGCCAGUACAGAGAUACAUUUAUCAGUGAAUUGUUACAUUUGGUAUCACGCAGCAAAGGCCCUUUGAAUAGAUAGGAAGAAACUGUGAUAAAGUGUUUUGUGGGGACAAAUCACAAAAGUCACAAAAGUGAUAGUGCUGAUUUUGGUAGUGGGCUGGAUGUGUGUGAUAUCUGCUGGAGGGGCACCCCCCCAACCUAUACAUAAAUUCCUGCAACAGGCUCCCCCAAGGGUCAUCCUGUGCAACCUCCUCUGCAAUGCAGGAAUCACAUGGCUAAAGUAUUCCCAACAGAAGUCCAUCCAAAUUCUGUUAAAAAACCUCCAAUGAAUCAUAGAAUUGUGUGGUUGGGAGGGUCAGCCAAAGGGCAUCCAAGUCCAGCUGCCUGCAAGGCAGGGAUCACAGAUCAAGGAUCCCUGACGGGGCUGCCCAAACUGUUUAAAUUUAGAGUGGUCUCAACUAGGGCCAGGGCCUUUUCAGUACUGGCCCCGAUCUGGUGGAACGCUCUGCCUCAUGAGACCAGGGCCCUGCAGGGCCUGCAAGACAGAGCUGUUCCAUCUGGCCUUUGGUUUGGACUCAGUCUGACCCUUAUGUUUCCCUCCCCUUAUGGUUUUGAUCUAUGAGCUACUUUUAAAAUGAGGCUACAUUUUAAAUUGCAUUUUAACCUGUAUUUUAAAUUAGUUUUUUUUCCUUUUAUGUUUUUACUGUAAUUUUACUAGUGUUAGCCGCCCUGAGCCCGGCUCUGGCUGGGGUGGGCAGGGUAUAAAUAAAAUUUAUUAUCAUUAUUAUUAUUAUUAUUAUUAUUCAAGACCUCCAAGGAAGGAGAAACCCAGGAAUAACAAUGAAAUGCAUUUGUGAGCAUAGAUCCGCUCCGUGCCUUCAAAGCAUGAAAUCCCCCUUGCCAAAGAUUCUUGGGAGCUGUAGUUUCUCUUCGCAGAGCUGCACUUCCUAGCACCCUUAACAAGCUAACUACAAUUCCCAGGAUACUUCUGCAAGGGGGAAGCCAUGUGAAUGUGCUUUAAAGUAUGUGACUCUGCUCUUAAGUCUUCUUAGAGCGCCAAGUGAUUCUCUGCUUUUCUAAAUAUUAGUAUUAUUGGUGCUCUCUUGAAUUACACCCUGGAUAGAGUAUCGCAAUCUAUUCUUUGUGGGGUUGGCCUUGAAGAUGUAAUAUUAAUAAUAAUAAUAAUAAUUUCAAUUUAUAUACUGCCCUUUAUCAGAAGAUCCCAGGUGGUGUUCCACAUUAAAAACACAUUACAGAACAUCAAGGAUAAAAACAUAAUAAUAAGAAUACUGACAGGAAGCCUAUUAAUGAAACAGUCAUCAUAAUAACUAGUUAUUACUGAUACAUUCUUUUUAUGAAAUUGCUUAUUUAUUUAGUCAAAUUUAUACACAUCUUGAUAGUUAAAAACAAACAAACCUCAAAGCAGUUUAGAAAAUAAUAACGCCGUAAAAUCAAGAAAAAUACGCAAGCUUUAAAUGAAACAAAACUUUGUUUCAAGUACUAAAACAGAUUGAAAUCCCCCCCCCCCCUUUCCAAGAUCCGAACAGGCUGGACUAAAUGGGAAGAUGCCUGCCUGAUCUCAAGAGGCAGGGAGUUCUAAAGUCUAGGUGCUGCCAUACUAACUGAUCGAGUUCUUACUGUUGCAACUGGCGCAUUGAGCUGAAUUGAACCUGGGCAAAUAUUUCACUGCCGGUGUGUUUUUCCUGUGUCUUGAGGGCAGCAUGCCCCAAAAGUCUGCUUUAAAGUAUUUUACAUAAACAAAAGUUUAGUAGUAGUAUGGGGGUUAUUAGGUUGUUUUUCUUCUUAUUUUUAUUGUCUUUUGUGUUUCUUAUACUGAAAUGUGAUGUUGUGAACUGGAUCUAGGGAGGUGUACAAAUUUUAAUAAUAAUAAUAAUAAUAAUAAUAAUAAUCCAGUGGUACCUCGGUUUUCAAACAUCUCCGUUGACGAACAUUUCGGUUUUUGAAUGCCGUAAACCCGGAAGUACAGUCAUACCUCAGGUUACGAACAUGGCAGGUUGUGCAUUUUUGGUUGCGGACUGCGCCGAACCUGGAAGUACCGGAAUGGGUUACUUCCAGGUUCGGCGCUUGCGCAGAAACACAAAAUGACGUCACACUCAUGUGCAGAAGCGCCGAAUCGCGUCACGCAUGUGCACAGAUGCGGCACUUCACGCUGCGGGUUGCGAACGUGCCUCCCACAUGGAUCACAUUCGCAACCCAAGGUAUAACUGUAAAUGCUUCGGUUUUCGAACACACCUUGGAAGUUGAACAUGCCAAGCGGCUUCCACUGAGUGCAAGAUCCUGAGGCCUAGCUGUUGGCUAUUGAGUUUUCAGUUUUCAAACAUUUCAGAACUCGGAAUGGUCUUCCGGAACAACAUACGUUCAAAAACUGAGGUACCGCUGUAAUAGUCAUGAGUAAUCAUUUGUCUAUUUAUAGAAAGGGUCUGUUUUGUUGCUGCAGGAAAACCUGCAUCCUGGUUCCUUCUCUCCAGAAAAAGGAGUUUCUCAGAGCUGCUAACAAGGUAUAAACCACAGUGAAAAUUAAACCGCAGAAUUAUCCCUCUCCAAAAAGGGAAACACACAAGCAGGAUUCGAACACAAGAGCAACUCUCCCCUCCUGCAGUUUCCAGCAACUCUGAUUCAGAAGCAUUGGUGCCUCUGACUGUGGGGGCAGGUCAUAAACAUCCUGGCUAGGAGCCCUCCAGAGCCCUCUCCUCCUCCGUUUUAUAUUAUUAUUAUUAUUAUUAUUAUUAUUAUUAUUAUUAUUUUAUGCCACCCAUCUGACUGUGUUGCCCCAGCAACAGAAUAGUAACAUUUGAAACCCUCCAGCAUUAACAAAGGAAGGUGUCCCGUUUUCUUUUAAAGCCAUCCAGGAUGGUGGCCUUUCUCCUGUGGCAGUCAGUUCCACAGUCUCACUGCCAAGUUGUUUCAAUCCCAUCUGUUUUUCUCUCAUCCCCCCUUGCAGAGCUCCAUGGGUUUGGCGGCCGCCCCCUACGCCUGCCGCCCGGAGCCCCUGGCACCCUCCUAACAGAUGCCCCCGGGCACCACGCCACCAUGAAUCUCCUGGUGACCAAGGUGCUGUCCCUGGUGGGGGUCUUUGUGCUGAUGCUGGGGGGGUCCUUGCUGCCUGUCCGCUUCAUUGCCACCGACGGUGAGAAGGCAGAGCGCUCCCAGCGCAUCAUCUCCGUCUGCAACUCCUUCGGAGGCGGCGUCUUCCUGGGCACCUGCUUCAACGCCCUGCUGCCGGCUGUGCGAGAAAAGGUGGGGCGCAAAUCGGGGGGGGGGGGCGAUGCCAUGUGGAAAGGACCUUGAGGGCCACGUUGAGCCUCCCGGGGCCUGAGGUUUCCCCAUCCCGGAUCUGUAUGGCCAUGGAAUGGAGCCCCCCUAUUCAGAGGCACUCUACCUUUGAAUAGAUAACUACUCAAUCUGGGCUUCCUUCCCUGUCCGUUUGUGGAGGGCAGGAUCAACACAACCCAGCAGCCACUGCUGUGAACGUGUGUGUGAGGGGGGUUCCCAAGGGCCGCCUCCCCUUCUACGCAGCCUUCUGGGGGCCAUGGAGUGGGCAGGGCUUGGCCAAUCUUCUUUUAAAGCCAUCGCAUUGGGUGGCCAUUUGUGCUGCUGCCACCAAGGCGGCCCUGAGAGCCUCCUCCCCUCUCCUGGCUGGGAAAGAAGGCGCCAGUCCCCGCUGAGGAUGCCCAGGGGUGAUCCUGGGGGUUUGUUCCUAUAACGGUUCCCACCUUGUUAGCGGGUCUGAGAAACUCCUCCUGGGAGACCAGGAUGCGAGUUUCCCUGCAGCCAAGAGACACUUGACCUUUCCAUAUUGCUUGGCUGUGGUGGGCCAAGGAGAGGGAGGGGCUUUCCUUUGCAGGCUCCCCAGACGCUCGUGGGUGACCCCCAGGUCUCAGGUGCCAUUGGCCUGAUCCAGCCAAGCUGAUCUCCACUGAGCUGGGCAGAGGGGAUAUUUGGAGAGACAGCAGACAAUUGGCUCAGUCUGCAGACCAUGAGACUCUUAAUCUCAGGGUUGUGGGUUUGAGUCCCAUGUUGGGCAAAAGAUCCUUGCCUUGCAGGGGGUUGGGCUGGAUGACCCUCAGGUUUCCCUUCCAACUCUACAAUUCUAUGCUGCCUCCCCCUUGUGGCAGGGAGUUCCGCUGCUUCACAGCCUCUUCUCUCCCCUCCGCAGCUGGCGGAGGUGCUCAAGGUGGGCAACGUGGUGACCGACUACCCUCUGGCUGAGACCAUCAUGCUGCUGGGCUUCUUCAUGACGGUCUUUGUGGAGCAGCUGGUGCUGACGGUGCGCAAGGAGCAGCCGUCCUUCAUUGACCUGGAGACCUUCAAUGCCGGCUCGGACGCGGGCAGCGACUCUGAGUUCGAGAGCCCCUUCCUGGAGCCACCCUCCAAGCGCCACCACUACCACCAGGGCAGCUCGACCAGCCACAGCUCCAGCCAGUGCGGCCUCAACGUCCACGAACUCUCGCGCUCGACUCCGCUGCGCCUCUUCAGCCUGGUCUUUGCGCUCUCUGCCCACUCCAUCUUCGAGGGGCUGGCGCUGGGCCUGCAGGAGGAGGGGCACAAGGUCAUGAAUCUCUUCCUGGGCGUGGCCAUCCACGAAACGCUGGUGGCUGUGGCGCUGGGCAUCACCAUGACCAAGACGGGCCUCACCCUGCGCGAGGCGGCCAAGCUGGCGGGCGCCGUCAGCCUCAUGAUCCCGCUGGGCAUCGUCAUCGGGAUGGGCAUCGAGAGCCGCCACAGCGUGGCCUCCAGCGUGGCCUCGGUGCUCCUGCAGGGCAUUGCCAGCGGCACCUUCGUCUUUGUCACCUUUUUUGAGAUCCUGGCCAAGGAGCUGGAGGACAAGAGCAGCCGCCUCCUCAAGGUGCUCUUCCUCGUCCUGGGCUACGCCGUCAUGGCCACCCUUGUCUUCUUCAAGUGGUGA